AUGGUAAGUAGAAUGCUAUGGAGACAGUUGGCACACAAGCUUUUCUUUAAUCUAGAUUAUGUCUAAAUGAUGGAAAGGGAGAUUUGUGGGAGAACAGAACGAGAGGUUCUACUUUUAAAUAUAUGAUAGCAUCAUGUUGAAUGAUUUGUGUAUGUGUGUGUCUGUUUUACAGAAAAUCCUCUGGAGCCUGACUGCCUUGUCUCUGACACUUGCCUUGUGUCAGGGAUUCUGCAUGUUCAGCGAGCACAAAGCAGAGAUUAAAGAUGGUAAGUAAACAGCAACAAAAUGUUAAUAUGUAACCUAUUCAUGGCCAAAUAAUUAUUUAAUAUUUGAAAAAUGUGUUCCUGACUAGAGAUGAGGGGGAAAUGCACCCCAUUCAUAUUUUAGCAUAAACCUACCAAAUCUGCUCUUGCAGAACCAGAACACAGACCAAAAUGCAGCUACCUUCAAAAUCUACACUUCUCUGGAUGUUGUGAUGCUGCUCAGAGUCUAAAAUGACCUGUCACUGCUCCCGUCUCAUCUUCUCAUUGAUGAGUCCCUGCUUAAGCUCUUACUUUUAUUAUGUAUUUUGUGUUCUUUAUAUUGUAUUUUUAGGUUGUGAACUGCCCUGAGGAUGGUAUAUAAAUAGUAAUAAUAAUAACUGAUAGAAAUUCAAACGGACAGAUUCCCCAUCCACAGGGCACCCCAUUCACUCCCACCCUGUUUUAAGCUUGGAACCACCAUCUGCAGACGCAAGCAGGAGACUGCAUGGCCGCAGUAUAAGCAAGACAGAUGCCCAGGAGUUGGACAAGUGGAAAAUUUGCAGUCACUGUGCUUCUCUUGCGCAGUCUUUGCAUUGUGCUGAGCAGCAACUUCUGAUUGCAUUGAUGUUAAAUGUAUGGGAUUUCUCUCCCUAGGUCAGCCGGUGCUGCCCACUGAGUGUACCGAUCUCAAUGAUGGGAGCAAGCAUCCAUUCGGCUCCAAGUGGAAUUCAGCGCACUGCAUGGAAUGCACAUGUAGUGAAAGUGGAAUGCAGUGCUGUUCCAGGUAGGCCAAAUAACCAGAAUAGCACUGGGUCUAUUAAUCUCUUUCAAAUUAUUUUGCUCCAUUCUCUCUGAAAGACCUUCUGCUCAAUAAACAUUCAGGGAAUUAGCUGAAGACGGGUGUCCCAAUUAAUCUUUACAUCUGAAGAUAUGUUGCAUAAAAUUGAGCAUGUCCAGAGUGCCUUUCCAAUCAUCCGAUGACCAGGCAUUCACUGUGUGGAAGCUUGGACUUUGGGAUCUCCCUGAGUCCCAGAUCCUCUCAUCCGGAGACCACCUAGGAGCUGGUGCUGGGGAGAGGGACCCCAAUGCGCCCAAUGGAACAGGACCCCUCCUCUUUCCUGCACCUUCCUGUCUCCUUCUGUCUCCCUCCUAGCUGGCCUCUUGGUUUCGCACCAACAUUUUGCUUCACCCUUUUUUGUGCAUAGGUGCUGCCCUCAACCACCGCAAACAUAGUGGGGGGUGGAGGGUCAUCGUACAGCAAUAUGCAAUGGCAUAUUGUGCAAGACAUGUCCUUUGUGCAUUCAGCUUGGGUUCCCCAGGUGAAUUUGGCCUCAGGGCAAAUGUUUUCCAAGGGCUUGGUUUUCCCUGGAUGGAGCAAACAUCUUGCAAAACUGUUUUUCUGCCAGGUAGUUCCAAUCAUUCUUGGCAUGUCCUAAGUGAGCAGGAGAAAGGAGCGCUCCUCUACAAGAUCUCCAUGAGCUCAGGGAAGCCUUAGUUUACACAUUGUUCUUCUUCUUUUUAGGUACGGUGGUACUGUUGAUGUUCAGGGAUGUAAAGCAGUGGUAAAUCCAAACACAUGUGAAUAUGAGUUCUAUAAACUGGAUGAUCCCUCCAAACCCUGUUUCUGA